AGAAACAACAUAGACAAAAUGUUUAUUUAUUGUUUUCUGUCUAUUCUAAUGUCAUUUUUUCGGCUCGCUCACGCACUCUAUCUGUAUAUCUUUAUGUUAGAAUCAAUAUACUUUUAAGCCAAUAACCUAAGUAUUCUCCGAAUUCUAUCUUUUUAUGAUCUUUGACAAUAUUAAGAAAUUAUCGUCAAUGAUUCACAUAAAAUUAAUGUUUAAAUAUGAUUGGAGCAAAGCGAUAUCUUUUGGUAUCUAUCGAAAAUGUAUUUCACGCCGUUUUUACCGGAACAUUUCAAAUAUGCCGAUUGACGAUAAAAAAUCAAAAUAUGCAAAAGAUAAAGGAAAUGGUCAAAAAUCGAAAAAGGAAGCUAAUGUUAACAUCAAAUCUCAAUUAAAAAAUUAUGAUUCCUUUUCACCAGAUCAUAAAGGUGACAUAAAAGUUUGCAUGAUUGGAGGCGGCGAGUCAUUGAUGUACGCUGCUGUUCUUCUAAAACAAUUUCGUCUUAUAAAACGAAUACAUGUGGUAGAUACAAAAGAUUCAUUGGCUAACGCAAUUUUAGAUAUUAGUCAUAUUGAUACAUCACCUCGUGUAAAAUAUUUUAAAAGAAAAUAUUUAAAAGAAGCUCUUAAAGAAAUAGAUAUUAUCGCAUUGAUGGAUGAAACAAAUACUAAUAUUGAUGUAAGUCCCGCAGCACAAUUUGAGGCUGCAUCGGCAUACGUGAGCGAAAUGGCUGAACAAAUGGUACAAUUGAGUUCAGAAUCUUUGGUAGCUGUUUUUACUCGGCCAGUAACGGCUAUACUUCCCAUGGUGUCAGAAAUUUACAAACUUGCUGGAUGGUGGGAUCCAGACAGAAUUAUUGGUUCCACUGCACAUGAUCGUAUGCGAAUGGAGGCAUUAACCGCGAAUCUUCUGGAUUUAAAUCCUGCAUUCUUAUCAGUUCCAAUGGUUGGCGGGGCAGAUUCGAAUACUAUUGUUCCCCUUUUGUCAUGUGCUUCUCCAAUCAAUCGAUUUAACAAUGCGCAACAAGAAAUGUUAUUACAAUCAUUACGUACCGCAGAUAAAGAAAUGGCAAAUAUUGAAUUUAAAGGUCCAGUGCUGUCUGAUGGAGCUGCAGCUGCCAAAUUAAUCCUUGCGCUUGUCGAAGGACUUAGCGGUUAUAAAAAUGUCAUUUCCUCUGCUUAUGUACGAUCAAAUAUUUUGCCGGGAUGUCGUUACUUCACCAGCCAAUUACAAUUCGGACCAGGCGGAGUACAAACAAAUUUUGGACUACCAAAAAUGUCUGCUGCGGAAAUAGUACUUGUAGAACAGGCAAUCCCUUCUAUCAAUGAAUAUAUCGAAAUGGGAUCGAAAGCAGUACAUAAUAAUAGACAUAUCACUGUAUAAAUUCAUCUUUUUUUUUUUUUUUUUAUAAAUGAUU